CUUUGAACGCUCAUACGGCAUUGUGGGUCGGUUCAAAUAAUGUCCUUGUCCUGUCAGACGCACACUGUUUGACUGACUUCGCGCAAGGGCUUGGGAAUUCGUUUGUACUUGAAUUAUAUUCAUUCUAACAAAAUGAUGGCAGCCAGGUUUCUCCGUCACUCUCUCCCUGUAUUGAGGCAAACAAGAUGCUACGCCGACGCGCCUUCAGGUUCUGCCCAGAUGUCCUUCACAUUUGCCUCGCCAACUCAGGUGUACUUCAAGGAGGCCAGUGUGAAACAGGUUGACGUGCCCACGCUGACUGGCGCUUUCGGUAUCCUCCCUGCCCACGUCCCCACGCUGCAGGUUCUCCGGCCCGGAGUGGUUACAGUGUUCAACGAUGAUGGCUCCGCAACAAAGUUCUUUGUGAGCAGCGGGUCAAUCACAGUGAAUGCAGACUCCUCGGUGCAGCUGCUGGCUGAAGAGGCUUUCCCCCUGGACCAGCUGGAUGUGGCUGCUGCCAAGGUCAACUUGGAGAAGGCCCAGUCUGAAAUGGCGUCUGCGUCUGACGAGGCUGCCAGGGCCGAGGUCCAGAUCAACAUAGACGCCAACGAGGCAAUCGUCAAAGCCCUGGAGUAGGCCGUGCGACUGGUCUCUGUGGUGUCGUGUUGGUAUAAAGGAAAUAAAUUCUCCAACUGUUUCCCGGACCAGUCAAGUCAGUAACUGCAAGAUCUCAUGCUUGCUUUGUACAGUGGAAGGAAAUUACCAAUAAAUGUAUUUGGAUUUA